AUGAACAACGAAAAGCCUGGCGCCGAGUCGCACGAGGUCUUUACAGAUGCGGCCGAUGGCGAGGGCGUCAACUUCCGCACCGUCAGCUGGCAGCGUGCCACCGUCAUCUUUGUCAAGAUCCAGUUCGCCAUGAGCAUCCUCAGUGUCCCUGGUGCUCUGGCCACUCUGGGAGCCGUCGGAGGGUGUUUGUCGCUCGUGGGAUGGGGUGUGCUGAACACUUACACGGCGCUACUCCUUGGAGAGUUUCGUGCCAGACAUCCCGAGUGUCACACCCUCGCCGACAUGUGCGGCUUCCUCUUUGGGCGCAUCGGCCGGGAACUUGUCACCGCCCAGAUCCUCGUUGCGCAGGUCCUCAUCACGGCGGCCGGCAUCGUGAGCUGCUCGACCGCCUUCAACGCACUGUCCAACCACGGGGCCUGCACGGUGGCCUUCAGUGCCAUCUCGGCCGCCAUCAUCACGGGCUUCAGCAUGGUCCGCACCUUCAGCCGCGUCGGCUGGCUCACCUGGUUCGGCUUCGGCACCUUCUUCGCGGCCGUCUUCAUCUUCGUCGUCGCCGUUACCCAGCAGGACCGGCCCGCCGCGGCGCCCCCGGCUCCCGCCGAGUUCGACCUGGGCUUCACGGCCAUGGCGUACCCAACUUUUGUGGCCGGCAUGACGGCCACGGCGAACCUAUUCCUCUACGCGAGCGGAUCGAGCAUGUACCUGCCCGUCAUCUCCGAGAUGCGGCGCCCGGCCGACUACCGCAAGGCGGUGCUGGUCACGGGCGUGCUCGUCGUGGCCAUGUACUUGUCCUUCUCGCUCGUCGUGUACCGCUACUGCGGACAGUGGCUCGCCACCCCGGCGUUCGGCAGCGCGGGGCCCCUCUUCAAGAAGAUCUCGUACGGCGUGGCCCUCCCCGGGCUGGUGAUCGGCGUGGGCAUCUACAACCACGUCGCGGCCAAGCUCGUGUUUGUGCGGCUCCUGCGCGGCACCAAGCACCUCCAGGCCAACACCCCCCUGCACUGGGCCACCUGGCUCGGCGUCAACUUGUUGCUCGGCGUGCUGGCCUUCAUCGUGGCCGAGGCGGUGCCCAUCCUCAACUACCUGCUCGGUCUGGCCGGGUCCGUGUGCUUCGCGCCGUUCAGUCUUGUCUUUCCCGCGAUGCUGUGGAUGUGGGACUUCAGAGAGUACCGCGGCAAGGGCGCGAGUGCUGGGCAGCGGGCCAAGUUCUGGGGCCACGGGCUGAUUGUGCUGCUGGGGUUGUUCAUGGUGGUUGCCGGGACAUACGGUGUGGCGCUCGCCAUCCAGGAUGCCUACGCGACGGGCAUGAUUGCCAAGGUCUUUGACUGCGCCGACAACUCUGGGUCCGUGCCUGCCUGA